GUCUCCGGAAGAGCUGAGAGAGUUUCCGGGAAGCCAGCCAAUCAUAUUUCCAACGCAAACUCUGUGGCGGUAUUUUCAACUGGAUAAACUGGCCGUAGUCCCUCCUUCUUGUUCCCGAGUUUUGUGCUAAGGAAACUGAUGGGGAUCCGAACCGUAGCGGUUGAGCUGCUGCUGCUACGGGUAUCUGAGUGAAGCCUUUGGCGGUUGUCGACCUAAUGAACGGACGACAAAGAACGCUUUUUCAGACGUGGGGCUCAAGCAUCUCCCGAUCAUCUGGGGCUCCGGGUUGCAGCUCCGGAACUGAGCGACCUCAGAGCCCUGGCAGCUCCAAGGCGCCUUUGCCAGCUGCAGCGGAUGCUGAGCCGGAGUCGGACGAUGAUGUGUUGCUUGUUGCGGUGUACGAGGCUGAGCAGCAGCUAAGUCUAGAGAAUGGCGGGUUCUGCACUUCCGCGGGCGCCCUGUGGAUUUACCCUACGAACUGCCCGGUGCGGGACUACCAGCUGCAAAUCUCCCGGGCUGCUCUGUUCUGCAACACGCUGGUGUGUCUGCCUACCGGACUGGGAAAGACGUUUAUUGCCGCCGUGGUCAUGUAUAAUUUUUACCGCUGGUUUCCUUCAGGAAAGGUGGUCUUCAUGGCCCCAACGAAACCCUUGGUGACACAGCAGAUUGAGGCUUGCUACCAGGUGAUGGGUAUCCCGCAAUCCCACAUGGCCGAAAUGACAGGGUCUACACAAGCUUUCACCAGGAAGGAAAUAUGGUGCAGUAAGAGAGUCCUUUUUCUUACACCUCAGGUCAUGGUAAAUGACCUUUCUAGAGGAGCUUGUCCCGCUGCUGAAAUAAAAUGUCUAGUUAUUGAUGAAGCUCAUAAAGCUCUCGGAAACUAUGCUUAUUGCCAGGUUGUAAGAGAACUAGUCAAAUUUACAAAUCACUUUAGAAUCUUGGCUCUAAGUGCCACACCAGGUAGUGAUAUAAAGGCUGUGCAACAAGUUAUUACUAACCUGCUAAUUGGGCAGAUAGAGCUUCGUUCUGAAGAUUCUCCAGAUAUAUUGGCAUAUUCUCAUGAGCGAAAAGUUGAAAAGCUUAUUGUUCCCCUUGGUGAAGAACUUGCAGCCAUCCAAAAGACCUAUAUCCAGAUUUUGGAAGCAUUUGCUCAUUCUUUGAUUCAGAGGAAUGUUUUGAUGAGAAGGGAUAUCUCAAAUCUUACAAAAUACCAGAUAAUUCUGGCAAGAGAUCAGUUUAGGAAAAACCCAUCUCCAAAUAUUGUGGGAAUACAACAAGGCAUAAUCGAGGGAGAGUUUGCUAUUUGUAUUAGUUUAUAUCAUGGUUAUGAAUUAUUGCAGCAAAUGGGAAUGAGAUCAUUAUAUUUCUUCCUUUGUGGAAUUAUGGAUGGAACUAAAGGAAUGACACGGUCAAAAAAUGAACUUAGCCGAAAUGAAGACUUCAUGAAACUCUAUAAACAUCUAGAAGGCAUGUUUGCACAUACACGUAGUACUUCAGCAAAUGGUAUUUCUGCUAUCCAACAAGGAGAUAAAAAAUUUGUUUAUGGUCAUCCAAAGUUAAAGAAAUUAGAAGAAGUUGUAAUUGAACACUUCAAGUCAUGGAACGCUGUAAACACUUCUGGAAAGAAACGUGAUGAGACCAGAGUUAUGAUCUUCUCUUCAUUUCGAGAUAGUGUUCAAGAAAUUGCAGAAAUGCUUUCACAGCAUCAGCCAACUAUUAGAGUAAUGACUUUUGUUGGCCAUGCUUCAGGGAAAAGCACGAAGGGUUUUACCCAGAAGGAGCAAUUGGAGGUAGUGAAACAGUUUCGUGAUGGUGGUUACAACACAUUGGUUUCUACCUGUGUGGGUGAAGAAGGUUUGGAUAUAGGAGAAGUUGACCUUAUAAUAUGUUUUGAUUCUCAGAAGAGCCCAAUUCGUCUUGUACAACGAAUGGGUAGAACUGGCCGAAAACGUCAAGGCAGGAUAGUUGUUAUCCUUUCUGAAGGACGAGAGGAACGUAUUUAUAAUCAGAGUCAGUCCAACAAAAGAAAUAUAUAUAAAGCUAUUUCAAGUAACAGGCAGGUCCUUCAUUUUUACCAAAGAAGUCCACGAAUGGUUCCUGAUGGAAUCAACCCAAAAUUACACAAAAUGUUCAUCACACAUGGUGUCUAUGAACCAGAGAAGCCUUCUCGGAACUUGCAGCGAAAGUCAUCUAUCUUUUCCUUUAAGGAUGGAACAAGGCAAAGUAACCUAAAGAAAGAUUGGUUCUUAUCAGAAGAAGAAUUUAAAUUAUGGAACAAACUCUAUAGAUUAAGAGACAGCGAUGAAAUUAAAGAGAUAACAUUGCCUCAAGUUCAGUUUUCUUCUUUGCAAAACGAGGAAAACAGACCAACUCAGGAACCAACCCCUGGAAUUCAUCAACUCUCUCUCUCUGAAUGGAGAGUGUGGCAAGAUCAUCCUUUGCCUACAUAUCAAGUUGAUCACUCAGAUCGAUGCCGCCAUUUUAUAGGCCUUGUGCAAAUGAUAGAAGGAAUGAGACAUGAAGAGGGAGAAUGCAGCUAUGAAUUGGAAAUUGAAUCUUAUUUACAAAUGGAAGAUGUCAACUCAACAUUUGCUGCUCCCAGGAAUGAAUCUAAUAAUCUUGCCAAUGACACCUUUAUCACUCACAAGAAAUCGUCAUUUAUAAGGAACAUACAUCAAGACAGUUCAUCCUCAGUGAUAGAAUCUGAUGAAGAAUAUGCUGAAAUUUUGAAACAAACUCACAUCAAACCUACUAAAAUUGUUUCUUUAAAGAAAAAGAUGUCUAAAGAAAUAAAAGAAGAUCAGCUUAAAAAAGAAAAUAAUCAUAGUAUUAUAGAUUCUUUAGAUACUGACAGAAAUUCUACUGUUGAAAAUAUUUUUCAACUAGACCUACCAAAUGAUAAAAGGACAUCAGAUACAGAUGAAGUUGCUACCACAUGUACUAUUAUUGAAAACCUUAUUAAAGAGCCAUAUAUAUUAUUAACAGAGUGUCAGUUUACAAAUAAAUCUAAUUCAUUUGCUGGAAAUGUUUUAGAUUCUGGUUAUAACAGUUUCAGUGAUGAAAAAUCUGUUUCAUCUAACUUAUUUCUUCCAUUUGAAGAAGAGCUGUAUAUUGUUAGAACAGAUGAUCAAUUUUCUAAUUGUCACUCACUGACAAAAGAGGUACUAGCUAAUGUAGAGAGUUUUUUAUCUCAUUCUCCUCCGCCUCUUAAUGGACUCUCAGACUUGGAAUAUGAAUUUGCUAAGAGUUCUGCACUUGAGAAUUUGCUUUUCUUACCCUAUGCAGAGCAUUUACAAAGUGAUAAAUGUACCUGUUUGAUGUCACAUUCAGCUGUGAAUUCUCAGCAGAAUUUAGAAGUGAAUUCACUUAAAUGUAUUAAUUAUCCAUCUGAAAAAAAAUGCCUUUUUGAUAUACCUAAUGGUAAUAUUUCUGGUGAGACAAGCUUCUAUGACCACGAUGUACAUAAACAUAAUCAAAAUGAAAAUUCAGUACCUAACAAUCGUGUUCAAAUACACAGAGUUCCCGCACAGAAUUUAAUUGGAGAGAACAAUCACGAUGUUGGUAACAGUGACCUCCCAGUAUUGUCCACUGACCAAGAUGAAAGUUUACUAUUAUUUGAAGAUGUUAAUACAGACUUUAAUGAUGUGAGUCUUUCACCCUUGAACACUAAAAGCAAAUCUUCACAUGAGUCAGACAAGACUGCUAUUAGUGAAAUGCCUCUGGUCUCUCAGUUCUUAAUUUCUGAUGAACUUUUGUUGGACAAUAAUUCUGAACCCCAAGACCAAAUCACCUGUGAUGCUAAUAAUUUUGAAUCUCAUAAUGAUUUGAGAGGUGUACAGAAAGAAAAAGUGAAGAAUGAUGUGGAUAUUUUUGAUUGCUCUAGGGAUUUAUUUUCUGUUACCUUUGAUUUAGGAUUCUGUAGUCCAGAUUCUGAUGAUGGAAUAUUGGAACAUGUAUCAGAUAGCAAUAGACCUCUAGAUGAUCUAUCUGGAAGGUACUUGGAAAUUAAGGAGAUAAGUGAUGCAAAUUAUGUUUCGAAUCCACCACUGAUACCAAGAGAUCAUAGCAAAAAUUUUACAAGUGGAAUUGUUGUUAUCUCAUCAAAUGAAGAUAUACAGAAUCCAAAACGUGUAAAUUUUCCACUGAGUACAGCAAAAAAUGAAGAAUUGUUAUCUCCUGGUUAUUCUCAGUUUUCUUUACCAGUGGGAGAAAAAGUUAUGAGUACACCACUCUCUAAAUCAAACACAUUGAACUCAUUUUCUAAUAUAAGAAAGGAAAUACUUAAGACACCAGAUUAUAAUAAGGAAAAAGUAAAUCUACAAAGAUUCAAAGAAGCAUUGAAUUCAACUUUUGAUUAUUCAGAAUUUUCUCUAGAAAAGUCCAAAAGCAAUGGUCAGAUGUAUCUGCAUAAAUCCUGUCAUUCUGUUGAAGGUAAGAUUCUAUCUUUAUAAAGUUCAGAGGAUGAUGAAAUUUUGAACAAAAGAGUUUCAAGAAAAAAAAAUGAAAAAAGAAACAACCCUUGAGAAAUGCACUAAAAUAAAAAAAAAUCAACUAUUUUUUUCUUAUGCAAGAUUUUUGUUGAAUUAUUAUAGUCAGAAUUAUCAUCUAGUGAUGAGAGUGAGAAUUUUUACAACCCAUAUUCACAAUUAGAAGACUUCAAGGUUUGUAACCGGAAUGCCAGAAGAGGCAUCAAAGUCCAAAAGAGACAGAGUCACCUAAAGCAUGUAGCUAGGAAGUUUUUAGAUGAUGAAGCAGAACUUUCUGAAGAAGAUGCAGAAUGUGUGUCAUCAGAUGAAAAUGAUGAGUCUGAAAAUGAACAGAAUUCCUCAUUACUUGACUUUUUAAAUGAUGAAACUCAGCUUUCACAGGCUAUUAAUGAGUCUGAAAUGAGAGCUGUUUACAUGAAAUCUUUGCGUAGUCCAAUGAUGAACAAUAAGUACAAAAUGAUUCAUAAGACACAUAAAAACAUAAACAUUUUCUCACAGAUUCCCGAACAAGAUGAAACCUAUUUAGAGGAUAGUUUUUGUGUUAAUGAAGAGGAGUCUUGCAAAAGCCAAUCAAGUGAAGAAGAAGUUUGUGUUGAUUUUAACUUAAUAGCUGAUGAUUCCUUUGCAAAUAGGAGUAAAAAAUAUAAAACUCGACGUGCAUUAAUGCUAAAACAAAUGAUGGAAAAAAACUGUGCACGUUCAAAAAAGAAAUUAUCCAGAAUUAUUUUACCAGAUGAUUCAAGUGAGGAGGAGAACAAUGUAAACGAUAAAAGAAAAUCUAAUAUUGCGGUUAACCCAAGCACUGUUAAGAAGAACAAACAACAGGACCCUUGUUUCAAUUCAGUGCCUUCUGGAUCCUCACUGCAGUCCAAGGAGCAUUCUACUCCAAUAGUUCAUCAAUCUCCAAAGCACAGAAAACAGCCAUCCCUUAAUUUAAAGGAUGCAAUUUCUGAAGUCUCAGACUUCAAACCUCAGAAUCAUAAUAAAGUGCAGUCUACCACACCACCAUUCACUACUGUUGAUUCACAGAAAGAAUGUAGAAAAUUUCCAAUUUCACAAAAGGAUGGUAAUGCUUUGGAGGAUUCUAGCACUUCAGGGGCAUUCUGUUCCAAUUCAAGACCACAUUUAGCUGGGACACAUACUUCUCUUAGACUUCUACAGGAAGGAAAAGGAACCUGUAUUCUUGUAGGUGGUCAUGAAAUCACUUCUGGAUUAGAAGUAAUUUCUUCCCUAAGAGCAAUUCAUGGGUUACAAGUAGAAGUUUGUCCUCUUAAUGGCUGUGAUUAUAUCGUGAGUAACCGCAUGGUGGUGGAAAGAAGGUCUCAAUCUGAGAUGUUAAAUAGUGUCAAUAAGAACAAGCUCAUUGAGCAGUUCCAGCACCUGCAGAGCAUGUUUGAAAGAAUAUGUGUGAUUGUGGAAAAGGACAGAGAAAAAACAGGAGAUAUAUCAAGGAUGUUUAGGAGAACAAAGAGCUAUGACAGCCUGCUGACUACCUUAAUUGGUGCUGGAAUCCGAAUUCUUUUCAGUUCCUGCCAAGAAGAAACCGCAGAUUUGCUAAAGGAACUGACCCUAGUGGAACAAAGAAAGAAUGUUGGUAUUCAUGUUCCAACAGUGAUGAAUAGUAGUAAAAGUGAGGCACUCCAGUUUUAUUUAAGUAUUCCCAAUAUAAGUUAUAUAACUGCAUUAAAUAUGUGUCACCAGUUUUCAUCUGUGAAAAAGAUGGCUAACAGCUCACCUCAAGAAAUAUCCACCUGUGCACAAGUAACUCAUCAGAAGGCUGAGGAGAUCUACAGAUAUAUUCACUAUGUAUUUGACAUACAAAUGUUACCAAAUGAUCUUAACCAAGGCAGACUGAAAUCUGAUGCAUGAUCAAGCUGCUAAAGAUGGGGUUAUCAAAUAACUCAUAAUAUUAAACGUACUUCAGUAAUCAUUGCUGUUUGUGAUUAUCAGUUUAAAAUCUGUAAAUAAGAGUAUUUCCUUAUCAUUUGAAUAUAUUAUUUUAUAUUGUAUACAUUUUUAUUUAUGUAGAUUAUAUAAUUUUUAAAAAUCUGAUGUUCGGUGAUCAUUUUGACUAGAUUACGAAACUAAUUUUUUUAUUAAAUAAAACAAGGUUUAUUAAAAGUAUUACUACUAAGGAUAAUUUAAGAAAGUAAAAGCUAAGUUAAGAGAUACACUUUGGAAUGUUCCUAAGAUUGAAGUAUGUACUAAUGUGAUAAAUAGUAAAGUUGAUAUGUCUCUGACU